AUGGAAUUGCCCUUUGAUGAAUUUGAGGUUAUUAUGGGGAUGGACUGGCUUUAUCAUUAUUAUGCUAACUUAGAUUAUCGACUUAAGCGAGUGCAGUUAACAAGUCUUGAGGGAUUGGAAGUUAGUGUGGCCAGCGAAAGAAUGCAUCCUUUAACUAAUGUGAUAUCAGUAAUGUCGGCUCAGAAGUUAAUGCGAGUUACCGGAAAUAAGCUUGAAGAUAUUUCGAUAGUCCAAGAUUUUCCAGACGUGUUUUCAGAUGAUUUGUCGGGGUUACCUCCUGAUAGGAAGGUUGAGUUUCAAAUUGAAGUGAUGUCAGGAUCAACACCCAUUUUGAUGGCUCCUUACAAGAUGGCCCCGACAGAGUUGAAAAAGUUAAAAGCUUAG